CUUUAUUCCUCGACCCCUCCUUCCUUUCAGUCCGGUCCUCCCCUCCAGCUCGCGCGUCCCCCUCGGCCCGCGUCGUGUCCUCGUCGACCCCAAACCCGCGCUCGCCCUCGUCGCCUGCCUCGUCGUCGUCGGUCCGCACAGCUCGCACAGCCCGAUCCCAAUCACACCGCACCAGCCGCCCGUGCCGCGAUAGCCUCUCGCUGGCAGGCGAGCGCACACCACCCUCCUCCUCACACGCCCGCUCUUCUCCCGGCCCUUCUCGGCCCUUUACGUGUUGCGUCGCAGAGAGGCACUCGAAAAUCCCUCCGUGCGCCUCUCCUUUUCUCGUGACGCUGCGGUAUGACCACGCCCCGUCAGCUUCCAUGCCCGUUCGAGGGGCACACUAGUAGCCAUCCACGAUAUCCAUCCCUUGGCCCUCCACCGGAUCACCGACGCUGCAUCUUAACACAGAACGACUGCAAUCUUCUGUGUUGGUCAGCCACGGAGACUAGACGCUGCACACCGUCCUCACGAGUCCGACACAUCAAUGAGCACUAGCGCAUUCAUCACGAGCCCAGAACACUCGCACGCUGCCCUCCUGAUUCCGCACGUUUCCCACCGACUGAAUCCAAUCAACCGCACGGCGCUCUCGCCGCGCGCGACUCUGCACUCGCCGGGCCCCGGCGAACCACCCGCGCGCCAACCACGUCGACUCGAACCACGAACCGCGUCAGUACCAUCUCUCGUCUCACCCCCCACAUCGACGCCACCCCCGAUCGAUCCUCGAACGUGGGCCCUCGAGCCCCCCUUCGCGAUCUCCCUUUCCAACCCCGAUCCUUCGUUCCUUGUACUCUCGAAUCGGCUUCUCCCGGUGUUCUCCGCCACCGUCCAUGCGCACUACAUAGCACUCAGUCUGAGCAUUCGCGAUCAGAUCACAAAGAAGCCCUUCCAUCCCACCUGUAUCCCACCCCAGCCCACCCCAUCGUCGUCCCCGCCCGGCGUGUUUCAUCCCCACGCCUGGCGCGGCGCAUCUGACGCCCUGCCUUUCCCCUUUCUUUAGUUUUCUUUCCCUCCUCUGCGUCCCGUCGCCUAGCAACCGCGCCACAGAUCCUGCGCCGCGAGCUUAGAUGCCGGCUUGCAGACCGCUACAGUGAUAGUACAUACUUAGUACAUGUACUGCACAUGCACACGUCGCCUUGGAUCGUGGCGAUGUCGCGUUGUGCAUAUGUGCGCGGGGAUGGCCCCGGGUCCUGAUCGUCGCGCGGGAACGAGAACGAGGUCGGUCUGACCGGAGCCUCUGCGCGCGGGGAUGCGUCGAGAUGUCUACGCGCCGGGAGUCUCGUGGGCUCGGCGUACCUUCGAAUGUGGCUGGACGGAGGCAUCCCCGCCGCCACGGGUGAGUGAGCGCCGCGCACAGCCAUAAGUGCGCCCUCGUCAUCCGUGCCCACACGCGCGCGGCACCGCUCUACUACAAAGCCGCGCCUCCAGGCCCGGGGAAGGAGCCGGCCGACGCGACGCGCCCUCGCGCCCUGCCCCUGCGCCAACUCCGAUGCCCUCCAGACCCGAGAUCGAGAUCGACUGCAAGCCCCAUUCCAUUCCAAUCCCAUCGCACAUCGCCCAUCCAGUCCCCAUCCUCAACAAACGGUCCGAUAUCGAUGCAUCACAGAGCACGGAGCACAGAAGGUCCGCCGUGCAUGACGGUCGCGCAGACCACAGCCGUCGGGAACGUCCCGCCAGACGCUACCAUGCCUCAUCAUGCAUCAUCGCCCUCGAUGCGCAGUGUACGGCGUACGCCGCACGCCGCACGCCGGGCUGCGCCGCAUCGCCAUCGCUCGUCCGUCUCUGCUCGACGGCCGCGCCCGAGAUGCUGUUCCGGGGGUCGAGCGGCUGCCCGUCGUCGAUAUUUUCGAUGCGCAGAUGAUGGCUCAGUAGAUCCCGCCAGGGUCCUUCGAGGCGCUGAUCACCCAGACCCUUGAUAGAUAGAUAGAUAGAUAGAUAGGUAGGUAGAUAGACUCGCGCGCGACACGCAGUUCUAUAAUUGAUUUUUGGUACUCAGUAUCUU